AUGCCUCUGAAACAACACGGCCGCGACUACGACAUUGUCGUCUUUGGAGCCUCAGGCUACACGGGCAAAUACACAGCCCAACACAUCGCCACGCACCUCCCCACCACCCUCAAAUGGGCCGUAGCCGGCCGCUCCCGCUCGAAGCUCGAAGCCGUCGUCUCCCGCCUCAAGGAACUCAACCCGGACCGUCUCCCGCCCUCCAUCGAGAUCAUCUCCUCCACCACCGACCGCACCGCGCUCGAAUUCCUCUGCCGCCGGACCUUCAUCCUCCUCACGACCGUCGGGCCCUACGGCUCUUUAGGCGAGCCAGCCUUCGCCGCCUGCGCCGCCACAGGCACGCACUACUUUGACGUAACCGGCGAAGUCCCGUUCGUGCACAAGAUGAUCACCAAAUACUCGUCUGCGGCCGCCCAAUCGGGAGCAAAGAUGUUUCCCCAAAUCGGCAUCGAAUCGGCCCCCUCCGAUUUACUCACCUGGUCCCUCGUCCAACAGCUAAAGCGCGAGUUCGGUCCCCAGACAAAAACGGGCGAGGUGACGCUGAGCAUCCACACCCUGCGCUCUGCCCCCUCGGGAGGCACUCUCGCAACAGUCUUCACCAUUCUCGAAAACUUUUCUCUCCAGGAAUUGCGCGAGGCGCAUAAACCUUACGCUUUGAGUCCCGUCCCGCACCCGAACCCGGACCUGGCUGAAAGCAGGACGUCGUGGACUACCAAGUUGACCGGGCUAGCCACCACCCCCAUUUUGGGACUGGGAACAACCUCCGUAGCAGCCAAGACCGACGCGGCUAUCGUUGAACGCACCUGGGGUUUGUUUGAAUCCCAGUCCUCCAAAAACAAAGAGGAGAGUUCGUACGGUCCGAGGUUUAGCUUUAAGCAGUACAUGAAACCCCGUAACUGGUUAUCUGGAAUAGCUAUCCAUUUUGGCCUGAUGGUGUUGGGGGUGGUGAUGGCCACGCCCGUUUUGAGGGGUAUUGCCAAAAAGUUUGUGUAUCAGCCGGGCGAGGGGGCGGACGAGGAGGUGGCGAGACGGGAUGAGUUGGAGUUUUGGGGGGUUGCGAAGCCGGAUUUUGAGGGGGAGGGGAAGGGGGAUACGGAUACCAAGGAUACCAAGAAGAGGGUGGCGUUUGGACGGUAUACCGGAGUUUUGUUGGCUGAGGCGGCUGCCACGUUGCUUGAGGAGGAGAGCGGCGUGGAGGAACAGCUUGGUGGUAGUGGUGGUGGUGGUGGGAUCUAUACGCCUGCUUGCUUGGGUCAGCCGUUCAUUGACAGGUUGGAUAAGGCUGGGUUCCGUUUUGAGACGAAGAUUAUGGAGGAGGAGUAG